AUGGAGAUUAGCAACUUUGCCGAGUGCGUGCGGAACUUGGCACACUUUUGCCACACCAUCCCUACCGAAGCGUGUCUGAAGCUCGAAAGUUCGCUCGUCCUGCUAAAGGCCAACCAGCGGCUCGAAAGCCUGUACCUCGUCGGUCAGCUGCGGGGCCAGUCGAACGUUUACUGGCUGGCAUUUGGCGCCCCGGAAAUGGCACUGUUUCGGGAGCAAAAGUUUUUCUACACCCGCAACGGCAUCGAUUGGUUCCGGCUGCUCGAACCGACCGUGUGGAGCGAUGAUUGGAGCCGCAUACGGGAACAGUUUACCGGUGACGUGUGCCACGUGUUCCAGCUCGAGCUAGGUCGCCGGCCCACGGAAGAGGGCGCACCGGCGUGCUUGGAGGUACUAGAACAGGAUCGUCUUUGGUACGUAUUCCGCUCGUUGCUGCGGGAGGCGGCCUGCCUGCCGCGGGGUCUGCUGUACUGGAGCGAUGGCAAAGAAGUUGUCCUCAACCCGCACUUUCGGGGACUGACCGAGGACGAGCUGAGCGAGCUGAGCAAUUAUCAGCACUUCCGGCCACCGGAACGCGACGCCGAAACUAAUCUUCGGGGCCGCCACGAGUGCAACCUGUCGGUGGACGUGUUCGAUCGCAUCGAGGACGUGCUGCCACACGGCAAAAGUUUCGUCUUGCGCCUGGACGGCACGGGCCGUUUCGCCCAUUGCUCCUCACUCUAUUGGCUCGGGCUGGUGAGCUUUACGAGGGCCCGCUCGGCCGAUCUGUACGGGUUCUACUACGUCGGUGAUGGCUGCAAAAACUGGGACCUUCCGUUCAUGGUAGAUUUGUGA